AUAGUAGUUAUUGUGUAAGCCAUGGGGCGGCGCUGGUUAUUAACCACCGCUAACAAUCAAGAGAAGAAGAAGAGCAGUCCUCCACAACGCCUCCCUCCUCCGGAUCAAAAUAGAGCCGUUGAGGUUGGAUCUGUUCUGAGCAGCUGACAUCAACCAGAGAUGGCUGCUACCGGAGUGCUUCCCUUCAUCAGGGGGGUAGACCUCAGUGGAAACGACUUCAAAGGUGGAUACUUCCCAGAGCAUGUCAAGUGUAUGAGCAGUCUGCGAUGGCUGAAACUGAACAGGACAGGACUGUGUUACCUCCCAGAGGAGCUGGCCUCUCUGCAGAAGCUGGAGCAUCUUUCAGUGAGUCACAACAGCCUGACCACUUUACAUGGAGAACUGUCCAGCUUACCGAACCUACGGGCGGUGGUAGCCAGAGCCAACAACCUGAAAAACUCUGGAGUCCCCGAUGACAUCUUUCAGCUAGAUGACCUCUCUGUGCUGGACCUGAGUUACAAUCAGCUGUCAGAGAUCCCCAGGGACCUGGAGAACAGCAGGAACAUGCUGGUGCUGAAUCUGAGCCACAACAGCAUUGACUCCAUCCCCAACCAGCUGUUCAUCAACCUGACAGACCUGCUGUAUCUGGACCUGAGCGACAACAAGCUGGACAGCCUGCCACCCCAGAUGAGACGCCUGGUUCACCUGCAGACGCUCACGCUGAACAACAACCCGUUGAUGCAUGCCCAGCUGCGCCAGCUGCCAGCCAUGGUGGCAUUGCAGACUCUCCACCUGAGAAACACCCAGAGGACCCAGAGCAACAUGCCCACCAGCCUGGAGGGUCUGACACAACUAGCAGAUGUUGACCUGUCAUGUAACGACCUGUCUCGGGUGCCAGAGUGCCUCUAUUCACUGGGCAGCUUGAAGAGACUCAACCUAAGCAGUAAUCAGAUCUCAGAACUGUCCCUCUGCAUUGACCAGUGGACUCAGCUGGAGACGCUUAACCUGAGUCGUAACCAGCUCACCUCAAUGCCGUCUGCAAUCUGUAAGCUGGCCAAACUCAAGAAGCUGUAUGUAAACUCAAACAAAUUGGACUUCGAUGGUGUUCCACCUGGCGUGGGCAAACUGGCCAGCCUCACUGAGUUCAUGGCCGCUAACAACAACCUGGAACUCAUCCCAGAGGGACUCUGCAGGUGUGGCAAACUGAAGAAACUGGUGCUGAAUAAGAACCGCCUGGUAACACUGCCUGAGGCCGUCCACUUCUUGACUGACUUGGAGAUUCUGGAUGUGCGUGAGAACCCCAACCUGGUGAUGCCUCCGAAACCAGUCGACAGAGCAGCAGAGUGGUACAACAUCGACUUCUCCCUACCGAACCAGCUCCGGCUGGCCGGGGCCUCGCCUGCUACUGUAGCAGCCGCCGGAGGAGGAGCCAGCCCCCGAGAUCCCCUGGCGAGGAAGAUGAGGCUAAGGAGGAGGAAGGACUGUUCUCAAGAUGAUCAGGCAAAGCAGGUGCUGAAGGGCAUGAGUGACGUCGCACAGGAUAAGAAGAACUUGGAGGAGAAUGGGGAAUUGAGUUAUAGUGAAUUAAAGGUCCGGCGCUGGGACAAGAGUCUAGAGAAGCCUCAUCUGGACUACUCUGAGUUCUAUGUGGAGGACGUGGGGCAGAUUCCAGGUGUAUCGGUGUGGCAGAUAGAGAACUUUAUUCCAAUGCAAGUGGACGAAGCUUUCCAUAACAAGUUCUAUGAGGCUGAUUGCUACAUCAUCCUCAAGACUUUCGAGGAUGACAACGGCGCACUGAACUGGCAGAUCUACUACUGGAUCGGCCAGGAAGCCACUCUGGACAAGAAGGCCGGCUCCGCCAUCCACGCCGUCAACCUCAGGAAUUUCCUCGGAGCGGAGUGCAGGACGAUACGGGAGGAGAUGGGAGAUGAGAGCGAGGAGUUCAGUGCCGUGUUUAACAAUGAGAUCUCCUACAUUGAGGGAGGAACAGCCAGCGGAUUCUACACUGUGGAGGACACACACUAUUCUGUCAAGUUGUACAGAAUUUAUGGCAAGAAAAACAUCAGACUGGAGUCUGUACCUGCGAAGGCCUCCUCCCUCGAUCCCCGGUAUGUCUUCCUGUUGGACACAGGCCUGGACAUCUUUAUCUGGAGAGGAGCCAACGCUACUCUCAGCGGCACCACAAAGGCCAGGUUAUUUGCAGAAAAGAUCAAUAAGAAUGAGCGUAAAGGGAAGGCAGAGAUCUCAACCCUCAUGCAGAACCAGGAGCCUCCAGAGUUCUGGGAGGUACUGGGAGGACAACCAGAGGAGAUCAAGAAACACGUACCAGAAGACUUCUCUCCUGUCAGACCUAAACUAUACAAGGUGGGCUUGGGUCUGGGCUACCUGGAGCUGCCACAGAUUAACUACAAGCUGUCAGUCGAGCACAAAGACCGCAAGAUCAAACUGGACACUUCGCCAGAGAUGAGACUGGUGCAGUCUCUGCUCGACACAAAGUGCGUGUACAUCCUGGACUGUUGGUCUGACGUGUUCAUCUGGAUCGGGAGGAAGUCUCCGCGUCUCGUCCGAGCCGCCGCCUUAAAACUGGGUCAGGAGAUCUGCUCCAUGCUGCACCGGCCCAAACACGCCAGCGUCACGCGCAACCUGGAGGGCACCGAGUGCCAGGUGUACAAGUCCAAGUUUAAGAACUGGGAUGAUGUGUUGAAGGUGGACUACACCAGAGCAGCUGAGACUGUACAACAGAAAGACAAAGACAACCUACUGGGCAAGGUGAAGAAGGACGCAGAGAAGAAAGACCAGAUGAAAGCCGACCUCACAGCCCUCUUCCUCCCCAGGCAGCCAGCCAUGGCCCUUACUGAGGCUGAGCAACUGAUGGAGGAGUGGAAUGAGGACCUGGAUGGCAUGGAAGGGUUUGUGUUGGAGGGAAAGAAGUUUGCUCGCCUGCCUGAGGAGGAGUUUGGACACUUCCACACCCAGGACUGCUACGUCUUCCUCUGCAGAUACUGGGUGCCUGUGGAGUAUGAAGAUGAUGAGAAGAAGGAGGGCGAAGGCGGCGCAGGCGGUGUAGGAGGUGUAGGAGGUGUAGCAGGUGCAGGAAGAAGAGCGGCAGCAGCAGAGGAUGAUGAGGACAAACAGGCCGAGGAGGACUUCCAGUGUGUGGUGUACUUCUGGCAGGGCAGGCAGGCCUCCAACAUGGGCUGGCUCACUUUCACCUUCUCGCUGCAGAAGAAGUUUGAGAGUCUUUUCCCUGGAAAACUGAAGGUGGUGCGUAUGACCCAGCAGCAGGAGAACCUUAAGUUCCUGUCCCAUUUCAAGAGGAAGUUUAUCAUCCACAAAGGGAAGAGGAAACAGAACACUGACUCUGCUCAGCCCUCCCUCUACCACAUACGCACCAAUGGCAGCGCACUUUGCACCAGGACCAUCCAGAUUGGAACAGAUUCCAGCAAUCUCAACUCAGAGUUUUGCUCCAUUCUCAAGGUACCGUUUGAGAGCACAGACAAUCAGGGCAUCGUUUACACCUGGGUGGGCAGAGCCGCUGACCCCGACGAAGCCAAACUGGCCGAGGACAUCAUGAACAGCAUGUUCGAUGACACAUACAGCAAACAGGUGAUUAAUGAGGGGGAGGAGCCAGAGAACUUCUUCUGGGUGGGGAUUGGCUCUCAGAAGCCGUACGACGAAGAUGCAGAUUAUAUGAAACACGCUCGGCUCUUCAGGUGUUCAAAUGAGAAGGGUUAUUUCUCCGUGUCGGAGAAGUGCUCAGACUUUUGUCAGGACGACUUGGCCGACGAUGACAUCAUGUUGCUGGACAACGGCCACGAGGUGUACAUGUGGGUCGGAACUCAGACCAGCCAGGUGGAGAUCAAACUUAGUCUCAAAGCCUGCCAGGUCUACAUCCAGCACAUGCGCUCUAAGGACGCCGAACACCCAAGGAAGCUGCGGCUGGUUCGGAAGGGGAACGAGCCGCACUGCUUCAGCCGCUGCUUCCACGCCUGGGGGGCUUUCAAAACUACCCUCGCAUAGACAAAAUCAUGCACAGAAACGCUCACAUAUGCAUCAAAUGUAUUCGCUGCCAUGUCAUUUUCUACCGGUAAGAUGAUGAUGAUGAUGUCUAUGCCUAACCCAGCUUUACCUGAGCUCUGAUUCCUACCCCCCACCCCCCUCCUUCUCAGCGCUGCUGUUCAACAGAUUACUGUCAGAGUCUCCCUACAAAAACAGAUAUAAGUUUAGCACAAUAUCAGUGAAAGUACUUCUGGUCACUAAGCUGUUGGCUGUUUUCUGUCUUUGGGACAAAAUAUCACUUGUUUUCUACAAGCUUUUUUGAGAAGCAAGUCUGAAUACUGUUGUUAAAUUAUAGAAGAGAAUUAUGUUUUGAGAUGAAAUAGGUCUAAAGGUGUACAGAGGCUUUAU